CUCUUCAAGGUUGGUUUGUUUGGGUGCUGUCGGUAAUUAGUAUAUUGGUAGAAUUAGUGCUGAGGUGAGUCUGAACUUAAUUAAUUGCUUUGAGACCGCUCGCAUUGAAGAAAUUUACGAGUGUAUUUUUCCCCAUAAUUUACACUGAACUUUUAGAGGCAUCGAUAGUUCACAUUUUGUAUAUAUUCCAGUGCAAUCCAGUUGGUUUAUAUAAUGAAAAAAAGGAAGGUUUGGAAGUUUCGAAUGUCAUCUUUGAAUUUUCAAGUAAACCACCACAAUCACACUACUCAGUUUAGUGACUUCUUAAGUGAACUAAAAAAAGCAGAGUUAGCGCACUUAUGGCGUAGCUGUUUUAAUAACCAUCGAAGUAUCUUGCAAAAUAAUAUCCACUGUCGUGUAUCAAAGACAACGACUUGCAAAUCAAUUUUGGAUAAUUUUAUGGAUGUACUUUCAAACCCACAGAAUUUGAACUUCGUUAAAUGUCUUAAUUGCACAUAUAAUCAGAAUGAACUCAUGAUGGAUUAUGAUGUUGUUGGAGUAUCUCUCUAUGAUGUAAUCAAGUAUAGUCCCGGCCGUCUAAAAAAUCACAACACACUGUUAUUUCUCACUUAUCAGGCAAUUCAUACCAUCACUCAAUUACACGAAAUAAAUUUACCCCAUAGUGGUAUAACAUUGGAUAAUAUAUUUGUAGACGAAAAGUUCAACAUCUUUCUUGGUCUCCCAAAAGCCAUUGACUUUCUGUCAAACAUGAAGACAAAUGAGUUAAACGAAGAGGAAAAUACCACAGUAAUCGAUAUUGCGGUGUGCAGUAGUAGUAAGCUGUCCACGAUGACAACUAAUUGGAUACUUCACAAAGUUACAAACUAUGAUUACCUGAUGUUUCUAAAUGAACUGGCUGGUCGACAUAAGGGGGAUCCAUCAAACAGUGCAAUUUUACCAUGGAUAACAAAUUUUGAUACGCCUUUGGGACAGCUAAGGGAUUUAACAAAAUCAAAGUAUCAUUUGUGUAAAGGAGAAGAUCAAUUGGAUGCAAAUUUUACGACAUCUCUAUAUAAUCAUACAAUAUCUAAGCGUCCUAGUUGGCCACUAGGUACUUAUAAUGUGGAAGAAGAUUAUGAUAUUAGGAAUCAUCAUCAGGAUUUUAUGAAAUUGUGUAAUGAUUUGGGUACCUGUAGUAUAAGUAAUGCAGAUACCAACUUGGCGUGCAAUAAUGUAGAUGCAUGUAUAUCUAAUGAUAACAGGAAAAAUAAUACGAAUUAUACUUUUUCUCCUCACCAUUUGUUGGAUAUAAUGCCUGAUUUAGCAUACUACACAUACAUGGCUAGAAAAACUCCCUUGUCCUUGUUGACACAGUUUGUACGUCCUGUUUAUCAACCUCAAGAAUUUCCAACGACUAUUGCACGAUUAUAUGAAUCUACUCCAGACGAAUGCAUCCCGGAGUUUUUCACAGAUCCGUCAGUUUUCUCUUCUGUUCACCCCGAUAUGGCUGACCUUGGCCUGCCGUCUUGGUGUUCUUCUCCUGAAGAGUUUAUUAAAUAUCACUCUAAACUUCUGGAAAGUGAUGAAGUAUCUAGUAAUUUGCACCACUGGAUCGAUCUAAACUUUGGAUACAAAUUAUUUGGUUCAGCUGCAGUGAAUGCUAAAAAUGUUCAUCUAGAAUUGGCAGGUGAUCAAACUGCUUUACGUUGUACUGGUGUCGUAUGUUUAUUUCGUACACCACAUCCUCAAAGAAUUUGUAGUAAAAAAUUAUCAAGAUAUUUUGGUGCGACACUACCAGAUAUAUUUCAAAUGGAUGUAAAUCCUCCAACUUCUAAACACAAUUCAGUUGGUAUGAAAAUGCAUGCAAAUAACUCUCCAAAUGAAGUGUCUUGGAGAAAAAACAAUCAUACUCUAGCGAAGUCGAUUUCUAGUUCUAAGGUUAAUCAUACUAUAAAUCUGCCGACAGGCGAUAGAGAUCUAUGUUUCAAAAAUAGAAUAUGGCUUCCUGAUGAUUAUGAUCCGUUAGAAUUAAUUAAUAUGCAUCAAAAUCUGUGCAAAUUUCUGUACAUUGAAACACAUAUACAAGAUUUAAAUGGUCUAGAACUUAUUCAGUCAUCAAAGCUGAAUACUUCUGAUAAUGAUUUUGACAAUUUAUUCAAAAUUGAUCUCGAAUCAUUGGCUUGUCUCAUUGUUGAAUUAAGUUUAUUUUCAAUAGUCAAUUAUGUUGAAGUUAAUAAAUGGAGUCAUGGGGAACGUGUUAAUUUUGCACGUUUGCAAGCACGUUUACAUUGGGAUAAAAUACCAAAUUGUCUUCAUGAUGCUGUCAAUUCUGUUUUACAUCCAUUUGAUCAAAAUCUUAUUGGAGAACAAUUUGAUGAACGUUUUUUACCAACUGUAGAUAUUUUUCUUCAUUUAAUAUGUGAAUUUCCACCUUAUAUUUUCGAUUUAUUAUAUAUUCGAGAUUGGCUAAUUAAUAUCGAUUCCAACCAAUCGUUUCAACAGUUACAAUCGUUCUCACCCUACAUACCAAAAACAUGCUUGCUUUCAGCAUUUUUCCCUAGUAAUCAUCAAAGUGAAUUGUAUAAUCUGGUAAAUUUGUCAACUGUUCACAUUCCAAUUGAUGUAAUCAGAUUACUAUAUCCAUAUAUUCAAUCAGCAGUGUAUGCAAAUCCUAAUUGGUUUGUGAAUAUUUUAAAUUCAUCCAAAAUGUUAGAGCUGUUUUCAACAAUAGGAGGUCUUGAAUUCAUACGAUCACAUCUUCUCCCACUAAUUAUCUAUCUAUACAAACCUGAACAACUUAAACGUAUGUCAAGUGAUAUCUCCCCGAGAAUUCCUCUUGCUUUAUUAUAUUCACGUUUAUUUCUACGUCGUUUAUUGGCUUAUUUAAAUGUGAACACAUUUCUUGUACAUAUUUUACCUUAUAUAACCCUUAGUCUUAUUGGUGGCAGUAUAAACGCUUUAUCUGAUGAAAAUAUUGUAUGGCAUCAAAGAAGUUAUGCUGGCCUUACAAAUGAACAAAUAGAUUCUAAGAAUUCAAAUACUAACCAAAACACGCCUGAAUCAUUGAGUCGCAAUCUAGAAUUAAAUGAUGAAUCUUUAAUAUAUGAUCAAGAGGAAAAUAUAUCAGCACAUUGCGAUUUAUUGUUUUAUAAACAAGAUGUUCUGAAUGUAGAUGAGAUUGGAAUUGAUCUUCGGAGUUUAAUAAAUGAUGAAGAAUUUCAAUUCUUAGAAGAUGCUAAAAGUUUAUCUAUGUUCACUUGCGUAAAGUCCAAUGAAGAAGAAUGUGAUGUUAGUGGCAAAUCGCUUAACAGUUGUGCAAAUGAUGUAACAUCAGCAAUUUCUCUUCAUUCCUCAAAUUCCAUCACGCAUAAUUGUAACGUAUCACAAUUGUUACAUGACAGUUUAACCGAAGAUAAAUCUGUUUGUGGUGAACCGAAGAAGGUUUCAUUUUCAAAUAAAACAUCCUUUAAUAAUAGUAAUAGUAGUAGUAAUUGUUCUAAUAUAAGCAGCAUUCCACCAAUCACUGCAGCUAUGGAUAGUCUUGAUUGGCUUUCUAGACGUAUUGGUCCUGUAAUGACGAUUAAAUAUAUUGUUAAGUAUUUAUUAACUACAUUGACAUUGUGCUAUGAAGGUAAAAGUCAACUAUCUGUUAAUAAUAUUUCAUCUGACAAAUGUUUACAGAUUAAUAAUCGUCCAUUAAUUGGAGAUCGUUCAGCAUUUAGUGUUUUAAGAUGUUUAGUACAGUUAGUACAAAUUUAUGGUGUAUCUAUUGUUAUAGAUAUAUAUUUACCUUAUGUUAUAAAAACAAUCACAUCGAUUAUUACUAAUCUUAAUCCUGUAUUAUCAGAAUGUAUAAAUAUUAAUAAUUUAAAUCAAACUAAUAAUCAUUGUAUAAAUCCAUUGGAAUCUGUUACAAGUAAUGAAGCAAUUGUAUCGACAAUGUUAUUCAAUUUUAAUUAUCAUUAUUUAGCACGACUCGUUGGAGUUCUUACUUUAUUGUAUCAAAUUGUUAUCUAUAUACCGGAUAAUGAACUUGUUGAAUUAUUACAAGAAUCCAUUAUACAAGACAUUCUUAUUAAAGCAGUUCAAAUGUCUGGUCGUUUAGAUAUUAGUUUUCCCGGUGGUGUUAUUGGACGUCGUGCUGUUCUAUAUAAAUUUAUUAAUGUUGUCUAUAUAAUUGGUUUAAGAGUUGGUUUUGAAUUGACACGUACUCAACUAACAUCAAUAUUUCAAGUAUUUUUCGCACUUUUCGAUCGUGUUAUCAAUACUGCUGCUACAAAAUGCAUUUUAAAAGACAAUUGCUUAUUUGAUGGUAAUAAUAAUGAUAAAUGUCAACAACGUUGUGUUGAUGAUCCAGAACUACAGUUCACAGCAACAUCUCAAGUAACAAAUGUAGAAGAGAUUGCACAAAAGUCAAAUCAAACUAAUAUCUUUACUGAAUUAAUUGAAACAUUCGAUUGUGAUCUCGCUCGACUGGCAUAUAUUUCAUUUUGUCAUCUCGCUGGUGGCACAUAUAUUGAUGAUUGUUUAUACAAUACACAAUCUAUUCAAAAAUUAAUUAAUCAACUGAUAUCUAACGAAUCAAAUGAUACACUGAAACAAUCGUGUUCUGAUGAAUCUAAUAAAACAACAACCAUUUCUAACGAUGCUGCUGUUAACGUUCAAGAUGUUCAAUUGUCAAAUCGUAGUAAAAUUGAUUUUGAAGCUACUUUAUUUGCUAGUUCAGCAUUGUGUAACGACUGCAAUUUUCAUUUGCGUGGUGCUUGGCGUCAAGUUAUUUAUGAAGUCCUUGAGACUAGCUCCAACCAGUCAGCUUCCCUUCCAAAGUACCAUGGUAUACAAGUGGCUGCAUUCACAGGCCAUAUUAACAAAAUCAAUUGUGUCACGCAUUUAAAUACUGAAAAUUGUUUCAUUACAACAAGUCGUGAUAAAACAGUUCAGUUAUGGUCAUUAACUGAUACUUAUAAUUCUGAUCAACAUUCUAUAUCCAUCAAUCAUAAAAUAACUAAUAAUAAUAAUGUGAAUAAUUCAAACAAAAGUCUACCUAUUGAUUCAAGUAAUCAUGUAGUUGCUCGUCUAGUAUACAGAGCACAUAGAAAAUCUGUAAUUGCUGCGCAUUAUCUGGAACCUUAUCGAUUAGUGGCUUCUAUUGAUAGUUGUCUAAUCUUCUGGGAUCCAUCGAUGGGAAAAACAGUAAGAUCCAAUAAUCAAAGCGAAAAUUCAAGUUGGCAAAAUCUAACUGCAAUAAAUUGUAGCUCUGUUCCUUAUGGAGCUGUUAUCUGUUCUGACCAGUCAGGUUUUGUACACCUUAUAGAUCCCCGUGCUGUGUGUUCCGGAAGAACAGGGAGUUUACGUUUCCAUAGUGGUGCAAAUUUAGCUUCAUUUCUAAUAAACAAAGAACGCUCAAAAUUUGAAACUCCUAUCAAUGAAUCAAUCAAGCAUACAAGAUAUAAUACGAAAUUAUGCUCUCCUUCUUUUUACAAUCAGUCUACAAUGGAUUUAUCUAUCACAAAUAUUAUGAUGAACAUAACUAAUCAAUUUCAACCGUAUCAUUUAUCAAUUAAUUCGUUUACUAAUACAAACAGUAAUUCUCCAAUUUCUUCUCUACUAAAUGCUAAUACAAAUAUGACUGGUUUGUUAAAUUGUUUAACAACUAGUCGAAAUGGUUAUUAUUUAUUGUGUGGUUUUACAACAGGCAUAAUUACUGCAUUAGAUCUACGAAUGGGACAAGUUAUUCACAUAUGGAGAGAAUAUCAGGAUUCAGUAGUUGAUAUUAUCCCACAUCUUUUGAAUGGAUUUAUAUCAUGUAACGACCGAAGUUUGUCAUUCAUUAAUCCAACUAAUUUAUCAAAAUUCAAUCAGCAUUCGUUAUCAACUUCAUAUAGUGAAUUAGAAACUUUUAAUUAUUUACCGAAUAAACCCACAAUUGUUUUAAAACCAAAAUCUAUUCGAAUCCCAUCAACGCUCCAGAAUAUCACAUGUUUAACUAAACAUCAAGAAAAUCCUAUAUUUUGUGCUAAUUCUCUACCUUCAUCAUAUCCAUUACCGAGUACAAGUCGUUUCCCAAUUUUUGGCAGUGGAAGUGGAAUCGGAGGAACAAAUAAUGUAACUAUUAACUCAGAUAAAUCAUCAUUGUCAUCCAUAAUAAACGAGACAUCAACUACACCGCUGUCAACUGUUACAACAGUACCACAACCAUACUACAAUACUACUAAUAAUAAUAGUGGAACAAUAUUAGCAACUUGUUCAUAUCCAUUCAAUAAUAAUAAUGAUAAUAAUAAUAAUAUAAAUGAAAACUUUUAUACAUUAGGCAGAAUUUCUUCACAUUUUCUACGUGGUUCCAUUAGUGCCAUUAGUUCAUUAUCAGAAAAUAAUUUAUUAUUAAUAGGAAGUGAUACUGGUGCAUUAAGUUUAUUAUAUUAAAGUUAAAUCAAUUAUGUAAAAUAGUUUAGAAUGAAAUUUUCAAUAGUGAUUUUGAAGAAAAAAAAAGGCAUUUCAUGUUGAUUUGUUUAUUUUGUUUUUUUUUUUGUUUGUCGAUAUUAUUUACAUACUAACAAAAUGUGUAUUACACAAUAGAUCAAUUUAAGUAAACAGCACUAUAAUACACAAAUAUAUAUUCACUUAUUCAAACAUUCUGAAGUCACUGUACUAUUCUUAUUAUUAUUAUUACCAUUAUUAACAUUCCUUUAUGGUGAAAUGAGAAACACUAGAUCAUUUGAAUACUUUGUUAUACAUAUAUGUGUAUACUUUUGUAAACCGUUAUUUAAUUUACACUGAUCUCGAUAAUAAUAAUGAUUGUAUCAAAAAUGAUUUUGUGCUGUUUUUCCAAUGAAUUAUUUUUCAAUGUUAAUAAUAAUAAUCACUGUUUAUUCCUACUUUUUUUAUUAUUUACUCUAUUUUUAUGACUCUUAUGUUUUCUGUUUUGGUCAUCCGUUAGCAACUUACUUUUUAUUAAAUGCUGAAAUAUUGAAUUUUUGUUAUUUUCCCCUUUAUUUUUCUCAAAUACAAUGAAACGAAUAUUAAAAUGUAAAUGAUGACUUUAUGUGUUUUAUCCUUUUUAGUAAAAGAAAAAAGGAAAAAAGAAAGAGAAAACGAAUAAACACCAGACUUCUUUUGAAUGAUGUGUGUGAUUUAAAUCCAUAGAUGACAUUUUGUUUUUUAAUUAUAUUUAAUUGUAACUGAAUGUAUUAGGUUAAACAACAAUUUUAAUUUUUGUAGUCUUGAAAGGAAUCUACGGAAACGCAAGGGAUUAAGAAUCAACCAAUCGAGUUUAUUAUGUGGCAGUUAUAUUAAUGGCAGCUUCUGUAUUUCUUGUAAAAAUUUAAUAUUAUUAAUAACAUUAAUUUUUUCUUCGAUAAUUUGACAUGAAUUGAACACACACAUAUACUUCUCUCUCUCUCUCCCUCUCCCUCUCUCUCUAUCUUAUCAGACAAUAAUUUUGGAAUAAUCAUUUUCCCUGUUGCUCUUUUGCUUCAGAAUAUUAAUUUUGAAUGAUUUUCCUCAUUUGUUAAUAAUUUAAACUGGAAAGAUAAAAGAAUUCAUGUACAUUUUUAUAUGUUCUUUUACACGUUCGUCCAUGUACAUAUAUAUAAUUGAAGUAUGCUAAAUGAUGGUUGGAAAAUCAUAUAAUUUUAAAUUUGAUGAAACUCAGUAACCAAGUUCACAUUUAGAUACUGUUUAUUUACUGAAAUCCGAAUAAGUGUAGUGGGAUAGGAAGUUGAUUAUUAAUGAUGGAUUAGCUAUAGUACAUAUUUUAAAUGAAAUUGCACGGUUUUAUAGAAUGUCACUACAUUUACUUGUAAUUUAACUGAAGUUUAAGCGCCUAAAGCAAUUAAAUUUGAUUAUGCUCUGCAUAAAAGCUGUUUCAUGUACUGGAUUUAACCAAAACAGUUCUAUGCUUGAUAGGGUUCUUUAGGAUGAAUAACAAAAUGUUGUUUAGUUAAAUUAUUACUCAACCCUUUAUUUUGACAGGAUCUUUGUUCUUAUAUCACAUUAAAUUUUGUGUGUUAAUCUAAAACAGAUGUAUGAAGGUUAGAAAUGAUGAUCUGUUAUUAAUAUCAGAAUAUAAUUUACAAAUAAAUGAAUAAUAUAUAUUCAUAAAGAACCCUUUUAGUGCACUUAUCCGUAGUGAUCAUUUGUUUCAAUAUUAUAUCACUAUUAGUUUUUCAGUGUUACAUGUUUGUACCUAUCCUGAUUGAUCUGAUUCUUAAGGUUAUCGAAUAAAAGAGCAUACAUUUGGAGUACUGAAUCUCUUGUAAACAAAGUUAUUUUGAAUGACUCAACCUUGAUCAGUUUUCUUAAUUACAAGUUCGUCAGUUAGAGUUAAGGAUUACUGGAAAUCUGUAUCGAAAUGCAUUCAGACUUCCUAUUAGUUCCAAAUGGUGACGAAAUAAGCUAUUCAGUCCUUGCCACUUGUCCAACCGACCUGUCUAUGAUAAGCUACCAGAUUGAACAAAGCGUCAUUAACUACCUAACCAAACUUGUAUUAAGCUGACUUUUAAUUUAUAAAUCACCUACAUUUUUUCCUUUCCAUAUAACCUUUUCAGAAUAAUAAUUGUUUAUUCGAUCGCUGAAUAACACCAAUUUUAUUUUGCUUUUAUCUUUCACAGCCAUUGCUAGAACUAAUAAUAAAAACAAUAUCAUGCCAAAGUCGUCUGCUAAAAGUGACAAUUCAAAAAGUGGUAAGAUGAGUGGAAAAAGUUCAACUAAUUCUAACAAUAAAACUGAUAAUGCAUCAUCAACCGGCUCUGGUAAACAGUCCAAGUUGGCAAAUGCGGUGAAGGUACGUCAUAUACUAUGUGAAAAACAAAGUAAAUGCUUAGAAGCUUUAGAAAAACUUAAAAAUGGUAAACGUUUUAAUCAAGUAGCAGAAAUGUACAGUGAAGAUAAAGCUCGUUCAGGGGGUGAUCUAGGAUGGAUGUCCCGUGGAUCGAUGGUCGGUGCAUUUCAAGAUGCAGCAUUUAACUUGCCUAUAUCAACUUUAGAAAAUCCCAAGUACACUGAUCCUCCAGUUAAAACACAGUAUGGAUAUCAUAUUAUCAUGGUUGAGGGAAGACGAUAAAAUAAAAAACAAAUAAUCUCUUCGUUUGUUUGAUUGAGGUUCACUAUUUUUGGAAUACACUAUGAUGUAUUAUAGUAUACAAUGUAUUUGUUAAAUAUUAAAUGUGAAUAACAUCAGUUAUUUAUAUUUCGCAUGGCAUGAAACAUAAUAAAUAUCGUUGUACGUUCAAUGAUAGUAAGUAUAAUAAUUUUUUGACGGCAUAUCUCUCUAUAAAUGAUAACCCAAAAUUUUGAAGUCAUCUAUCCUACAGUAUGUAAUUAAUUAUAAUCACAUAGUACCGGAUUCAGAAUACGAGGUCAUCUGCAAAAUCAAACUGAAUCCGUUUAAAGGUAAAUCCAGACCUUUUUGUAUUGCAGAGACCUUCCCAAUACCAAUAUAAAACUAGAUUGAUGCUUAUAAAAACGGUAUGUAAGAUCGCUGUGUUCAACUUGGCCAUUGAUAUUCCUUUAUUUGCAUUAACGUAGUUUCUUCGCUCUAUAUUGGCCUCUUUUAUCUUUGCAUCAGAUGUUAUCUUAUACCUAAUUUGUUACAUCCGAAUAUAUUCCCCCCAACAAACACUCCAUUCAUUCUAUUACUACUAACAUAUGACCACCUUCAACCAAUUAUCUCAGACCAAUCCCUAUCUACCUAGUUGUCGAUUCACACCAAAGUUUCAUCCUCUUGUUGCCUUUAACCUAUAAUCGCUCAUAUGUUCUGUGAUUUCUCGCCCCUCUGAUGAUUCAUUUAUUAUUAACCUAUUCCUUGCGUACUUACUUACACCUUUUACACCCAAUGGAGCAUAGGCUGCCGACCAGCAUUCUCCAACCCACUCUGUCCUGGGCCUUCCUUUCUAGUUCUAUCCAAUUGUUGUUCAUUCUUCUCGUGUCUCUCUCCAUUUCUCGUAAUGUGUUCUUUCGUCUUCCACUUCUCCUUUGGUCUUGAGGAUUACAUGUGAAGGCUUGCCUUGUGACAUAGUUGGUUGCUUUCCUCAAUGUGUGUCCUAUCCACAUCCAGCGCUUCUUUCUGAUUUCUUCCUCCACUGGGAUCUGGUUUGUUCUCUCUCACAGUAGUUUGUUGCUGAUAUUGUCUGGCCAACGGAUCCGAAGUAUUUUG